AAAAUAAAUAAUGGCUUUGUGGAAAGUAUUUUAGAAAGCAGGAUCAAGAUCUACAAUGCCUGCUGCAUUUAAAGAAGGACUUUUUGAGAAACCAGGAGAAUUUGAAUAUAAAGUUAAGAAUAUAGCUAUAAGCUAUGAAACAUCUUCUUGGAUGUUAAGAGAAGGUAUUGUAGAAUACAAUCCAAAUAAAUGGGGAUAUGUUUUAAGUAAAUCACAUAGAGAUUUUAAUGAUUAUUGGACUAGAAGUAAUACUAUAUAUAUAUAUAUAUAAUUAUAGCUAUGUUUACAAGAUGUGGAUUAUUUUUGACUGGAUGUUGGUUAUUUAGUUGUUUAUACACAAAACCAAGAUUUGAUUGGUAAGAUUAUCAUGAUCCUAAAUUUGAAUAAAAAACAUAUGGUGAUUUAGAAGAAGGAGGUGAUGAAGGAGGAGAUGAUGAUUGAAAAAUAAUCAAGAUAUUAAUAUUAAAUAAAAU